UUUAUUACUUAUGCUUGACUUUCAGACAUACCUUUCCUUAGGUAUGUAAGAAUGUCAAAAAUAAACUCGCAGUACACCUUAUCGCCGUUCGUACCAAUGAAAUAUUGCUUCAGUUUGAAGUCAUAUCUAUAACACCACGGGUAGCAAGUGUUUGAAAAAACACCGACUGAUCAAAUUAUGUCGACAAAUGUAGAACCUGCUAUUAUUGUCCAUGGCGGGGCAGUGGUGUUCCCAGGUGACAAGAAGGAUAAAGCUUCGGAAGGAACAAAGAAAGCUGCAUCUAAAGGCUACCACGUGUUAACUAAAGGAGGAUCAGCGCUAGACGCCGUACAAGCCGCUAUCUGUGUACUAGAGGACAAUCCUGCAUUUGACGCCGGAACGGGUUCUCCGUUGACAUCAGAAGGUGAUAUUGAGAUGGAUGCAGUAAUUAUGGAUGGAAGAACGCUCAAUACAGGCGCUGUAGCGGCCGUGAAAAACGUGAAAAAUCCUAUUGUUCUGGCCAGAAUGGUAAUGGAUCAGACGCAGCACUGUCUAUUAGUAGGACAAGGAGCUAAUAAGUUCGCUGACGAGCAAAAUGUUCCGAAAGAACCAAAUGAAAACCUUAUCACUGAGGAAAAUAAAGAAAAACUCGAAAAGUAUAAAAAUUCUUACGGUGAAGCAGCGGAGAAUGAUUUUAGUGCAAGGGACCAUGACACAGUUGGAGCAGUCGCUAUAGAUAAAGAGGGUAAUAUUGCGUUUGGAACUUCAACAGGGGGAAUAACCAACAAGAGACCAGGCCGAGUUGGUGAUAGCCCUAUUGCUGGUAUCGGCGGUUAUGCCGACAACAAUGUAGGAGGGAUUUCUUGCACUGGUCAUGGAGAGUCUAUAACGAGAGUUGCCUUGGCAUAUGACAUCAUAUCAUUAAUGAAAUAUUCUAACAAGUCCACACAAGAGGCUGCAGAUUACGCUCUUGCUAAGAUGAAAGAGAAGCUGCGAAACGCCAAGGCAAACCUCGAAGCAGGGGUGAUAGGCAUUGGCAAGGACGGUAACCCUGUGUACUCAUUUAAAACUAAGCAAAUGGCAUGGGCAUGGGCGAAAAAUGGGAAACUACAUAAUGGUGUAAAUUUUGGAGAAAAUAAUACAUACACAAUUACGACAGAUGCCAAUGGAGAAUACAAAUUUGAUAAGGACGAAUGAAAUAGUUAGAGAUAUCAAAACUGGGCGAUGAAGUCGCACUAAUAUAUACAGAGAGCAGUAGCAUUAGAAAUACAUUUUAUUGUACAUGUAACAGACGCAAGUGCCAAUGUGAAAUACACGUUACGUCAAUCAUUCCUUGACUAAUAUCACAAAUGCCGUCACAGAUACAUAGACUUAUCGUUUAAAUUCCUAAUUUAGUUUUUUUUAUAUUUUGUGAAAAUGUUUCAACAGAUAUUUUAAAUCCAUAUUACAAAACUGUUUAAAAAGAUAUUCUAAAUAUUACGCCUACGUGUCCACAGAUGCAAGACUAUACAUAGCAAUUGUUUGAGCUUUGUUAUUUAUUCAGAUUCUGUUUAAGCUUUAUUGCGUAAUCAGUGGUUUAUAAAAUUCAUUUGUAACUAGGCUUAGCCCGGUACUAGGGGGUGUGAGGGGUGUUGCACAUUUCCAUUACCUCUCAUGAACAGACUCAAGCAAACAGAGUUAGCUAUUAUUUUGCUUGAUUGCAUUCUAUGCUUCCAGACAAUACUUUUUAUAGAUUUUAUUGGUAUUGCUCUUUUUGAAAUUACUGCAUUUCUUAGACACAGUUAUAACACUGUUCCAUUCAUGUUACGCCUCCAUUCUUUUACACAUCUACCUAACAAAUUACUUCGCUUUGCAAUAAACAAUAACAGAGAUCUUUGAUGUCAUUUUAAGCUACGGCUUAUCAAAAUUAGACCUUUUAAGCCCAAAAUUUAAUAGGUUUCAUGAAACGAGUUAUAUUUUUUGUUUCCUUGCGAAGUUUAACCUAAUAGCUGCACGUACAUUACAAAGUUAAGUAUUAUGACCGAUUUUGUGAUUUGAGUAAACAUAAAAGGUAAAAAAUAUUGACAAAAAUCCCAUUUUUAUACGAUUUAUAUUUUAUCUUUGUAAAGUUAUAUAUUGGAUUAUAUACAUUAUUAAGACUUAAACAAAAUUUACAAUUUCUGUACUUCAUUUCUGAUUCAAAGUUUAAUUGAGCUCAUUGUUUAAGCAGGUUUUAUCAGACUUAAAUAUUAUUUUGUACAAUAAAUAAUUGCCAUACCCUGCGAAAAAACAGCAGGUAAAGUUAUAAGUACCGCUGAAGUUAUAACAAUUGAAAAUUGUCUUGCAACAUAGGGGGUGGAUAGUAUAUUUUGUUAUGAUAAUUAUUGUUUUUAUUUGUUAAAGUCGCUUGUGCAUGGUUUUGGCUGAUGGCAUAAAAGCUAUUUAAAUUCGA